GGAGAGAGAGAGAGAGAGAGAGUCGUCGAUGUAACACACCGACAGCAUCCAUUCAGGACACACUGGGGAGAAAAUGCUCAGGCUACUUUAUUAUUUGUGCGCUACGACGAAAAGCACUCGGGCGCGCGCCCGCAUCAACUAAUUGUUGCUUUUAGAUGAGAUUCCCUCCCUGGAGACUUCAGUCACAUCUCUGCAGCAUCCUUGCUUCUUUUUUUUUUCCUUCUUCCCUCGGCUGCAUUCGGUGCCAUCGACGGAACCGGACGCAUGGGCUCAGAUAUGUGCACAUCUGCACAGCAUCCGAGAUCAGCCAUGGACGCUGUCAUUCGUCCCCUGGAGUCAUUUAUCAAUAGGGGUUAAAAAAAAAAAAAAAAAAAAGUUAGGAUCCGUUUACGCUCGAGCGUCUUGUGCAUGGAUUCGGGUUGAUGCGUAAAAAUUCAGCGGCGUCAGACUGAGGAGGGAGAGGGUGAAGAGGCUGAUGUGUGUGCAGAUGAGGAUAAUUCCGGCGUCGUGCUCGCCAGACGCGGCGGCGCUGUUCACCUGGAAUACCUGAAGCUCUCUCCAAAGACGCGCGGAUGCAUCAACUUACCGACACUGUUGCACAUUUUUCACGUCGCUCCUGACAUGUGGGCUUCCCCGUAGAUUUGUGUCACAGACCAGUUGGGUGUUUGUGCACAAACCGCUGAAUUCCACGCCGCGGUCCCGCGAAGAGGAUGCAGCUUACCUGAAGCGCGAUGAUGCACGGAACUCGCAUCAGGAUUUCGUUUAUCAGGAUGACAUUUGGUUAAAAACACUCGUGGGCCGAACACACAGACACAAAGUCUCCUGUUUGUCUUGCAGCAAGAAGCUGCUGCACCAAGACCCGACAUCUGCCGAACUAGACUCUCGUUUUUUUUUUUUUUUUUUUAGUUUUUUUUUUUUAGUUUAUAUUUUUUUUACUCUCGGUUCGGGGAGAUGGCUGCGAUCGCCAGCUCCCUGAUCCGUCAGAAGCGCCAGGCGAGGGAAUCGAACAGCGACCGGGUCUCUACUUCGAAACGUCGCCCCAGCCCCAGCAAAGACCCCCGCUCUCUGUGCGAGAGGCAUUUCCUGGGGGUUUUCAGCAAAGUCCGCUUCUGCAGCGGCAAGAAAAGACCCGUCCGGAGGCGACCAGAUGCACCCUCGAAACCUCCACAGGUGUCCCAUAAGGGCUGCAGGCUAGAGCCGCAGCUGAAAGGCAUCGUGACACGACUGUUCAGCCAGCAGGGCUUCUACCUGCAGAUGCAGCCGGAUGGAACCAUCGACGGCAGCAAGGACGAGAACACUGACCACACCUUGUUCAAUCUUAUUCCUGUGGGUCUGAGAGUGGUGGCGAUCCAGGGGUUAAAGAGUGGCUUCUACAUUGCAAUGAAUGGCGAGGGCAUGCUCUACAGCUCGGAAAUGUUCACACCAGAGUGUAAGUUCAAGGAGUCUGUUUUCGAGAACUACUACGUGAUCUACUCUUCCACUGUGUACCGUCAGCAGGAGUCGGGUCGAGCCUGGUUCCUUGGCCUCACCAAGGAGGGGCAAGUCAUGAAGGGUAAUCGGGUCAAGAAGACUAAGCCCUCAUCUCACUUUGUUCCCCGGCCCAUUGAAGUUUGUAUGUACAGGGAGCCGUCUAUGCAUGAGAUAGAGGACAAGCACCGCUCCAGAAAGAGCUCAGGGACUCCCACCAUGAACGGAGGGAAAGCUGUCAAUCAGGACUCCACAUAGCAGUGAUGGCAGAGGCUUCCAUUAGGGGUGUGGUCUCCCCCGACUCAAUGGGAGGGGCCAUCGGAAAACUCACUUUCCCCUGGAUACAAACCACCUUCCCCUCUGAAAAACAGAGGGCAUUGUGAUGACAACGAGGAGCUACAUAUUACUGUACAAGACAAGAAAAACAAAAACUGAACACUUGCCUGUGAAAUACUUUUAGACGAAUUACUAUGAAACCAGAGGAUAUAUAUAUAUAUAUAUAUAUAUAUAUAU